CUCAAAGUAUUGGACUCUGACAGAUAAAUGACAAAAUGCCUUCGACGAAGACAAGACCUAUCGAAAAGUUUGCGAAGGCUACUGCCAAGUGCUCUGCAGAGGCGGCCGCGUAUGGCAAAUGUGUCGUUGCUGAUUACAAUGCGAUCCAUAAAGAUAUGUGUGCCAAAGAAUUUCUCAAACUCAAAGACUGCUUUCUGGCGGCCUCAAAGAAGGUCUAAUAGAAUGUUUUGGAUGGCAGAACGGAGGGUUCACUAGGCGUUUUGGGCUGGCUGUAGCAUGCAUCAUGUUUGAAAGAACAGACUGAUUAUUCACGUAAUCUAUGGAACUGGAAAAGAAAUCUUUUCAUCUCA